CGAUCAACUCGAUCGACAUGUUUGCGAACCAAUUAAGAAACGUAAGAAUGUAACACAUGAUGUACCAAUUGGUUAGGAACAUAAUUAAGCUUUUGAUUUGGCGUCAAAUGUUCAAUCAAAUUGCACAACUUCCAUUUCUAUCUGCUAACCAUCAAGCUCAGUAAAUACGGAAGUCAUUUGUGAAGAUUGUCAGUCAAUUUGAAGUAAUACACCCUAGUUGUUAUUUGGAUUUUGAGAGCUGAAAGUCUUGGAUAAGCCUUCUUCAAUGUCGUCUGGUUAAAUUGCUAGUAAGUUUGUAAUUUGCGACAAAGAGUCAGAUGACCAUUGAGAUGGAUGCAUAAACUAGGCUUAAGUUAGCACUAAAGUUCAGUAAUCUAUUUAUGGAGAAUGAGAGGGUUCCUUGGGGUGAGGCUUUAUGGAUUCUGGACUCACAAACUCUCUAACGCACAUAGAGAUUGUUCCACGCUUUACUUUGCCACCAAAAGUGAAAGAACAGGAACUAUCAAGAGUCUCCACACCCACCACUUGUUUGAUGAAGUGCCUAAUAGAGAUGUUUAUUCGAUUAACUCUAUUCUCGCCUCGUACACCCGCAACCGCGACUUUUCUGCUACAUGGGAUUUCUUCUGUGGUGCGCAUCGCAAGGAAUCUAAACUUGAUGCUAAGAGUUUUACCCCCAUCUUGGUUGCAUGCUCGGCAUUGUCGAACACAAUGUGUGGUAAACAAGUUCAUUGUCUCAUGAUUAAAACGGGCACAGAGUCUGGAAUCGUGACAAAAACUGCUCUCAUGGACAUGUACUCAAGGUAUUGCUAUUUGGAUGACUCGGUCAAGAUCUUUGAAGAGAUGGAAUUCAAGGAUGUUGUGACUUGGAAUGCUUUGCUUUCAAGCUUUCUACGACAUGGUCUUGUUCAAGAAGCAUUUGCUGUGUUCAAAGCAAUGAGGAGGGACAGAGUAGAGUUUAGUGAAUUUACUUUGUGUUCGGUGCUAAAAGCUUGUGCCUUCCUGAAGGCCCUUCGACAGGGUAAACAGGUUCAUGCAUUGGUGGUAAUAAUGGGCCGUGAUGUGGUUUUGGGUACUGCUCUAAUUGACUUCUACUCCGAUGUCGGGCAUUUUGGCGAGGCCAUCAAAGUUUACUCUGGUUUGGAUUGCAGAAAGGACGAUAUCAUGCGUAAUUCACUAAUUUUUGGUUGUGUUCAGAAUCGCAAGUAUGAAGAGGUGUUUCCUAUUAUGCGUACCAUGAAACCUAACAUGGUUGCUCUAACUAGCACUCUCACUGCUUGCUCAGAGCUUUCAAAUUUGUGGACUGGAAAGCAGAUACACUGUGUCGCUAUGCGUCAUGAUUUUACAUCCGAGACUCAAUUGUGCAAUGCACUACUGGACAUGUAUGCAAAAUGUGGGAAGAUUUCAGAUGCUCGAUCUCUGUUUAAUGGGAUUUGUAAUAAAGAUGUGGUUUCUUGGACAAGCAUGAUAAAUGCUUAUGGAAGCCAUGGACAUGGGCUUGAAGCUCUUGACCUGUUCAAGAAGAUGGGGGAAAAAAGAAGUGGAGUGUUGCCAAAUUCUGUGACUUUUCUUACUGUUUUAUCAGCCUGUGGGCAUUCAGGUCUGGUGGAUGAGGGACGAGAAUGUUUUAAUUCGAUGAGGGAGAAGUAUAGUCUGUGCCCAGGUAUAGAGCAUUAUGCUUGCUUGAUAGAUAUGUUGGGUCGUGCUGGUCAAAUAGAUGAGAUGUGGUAUCUUUUUUAUGAUAUGGUUAAGGAUGGUAUCGUGCCUCCUGCAGCAAUAUGGAUAGCACUCUUGAAUGCUAGUGGUUAUAAUUUGGAUGCAAAUAGGGGCGAGUUUGCUGCAAAGCAACUGCUGCAAUUAGAGCCAAAUAAGCCUGAGAAUUAUAUUUUGGUAUCAAACUUCUAUGCGGCAGUUGGAAGGUGGGAUUGUGUAGACAAGUUUAGAAGCGCCAUGGGGAUGAAAGGUCUGAUUAAGGAAGCUGGGAGUAGCUGGGUUACUACAGUCUCGCAGUGUCAUGGAAAUGCUAUCGCAUUUUCUGUUUGAUAGAGUACUAAACUAUUUUUUUUUUAUUUUUUUACUUAUUUUUCUUAGGGGAGACUAAAAGAUUGCCUUGUUAAAAAUAUUGUGAAACUCUUAAUGUCCAUUGAAUAAAUUGAUAUAAUAUUCAUAAA